CCAUCCCAAACCAUCUAAAUUCAAAAAAAAUCAUCCCAAAAUGCCUGUAUACCAUAUCGUCCUCUUCCGCCUCAAACAAGGCGUCACCUCAGCGCAAUUAGCCACCUGGUCCCAAAUCAGUCAGGCCAUGGUGGGUAAAAUCCCCGGCCUCAUCUCCCUCAAGACGAACCCCCCUCUGCCGAUUUCGGUUCCCCGUGCAAAGGGGUUUGAUAUGGGUCUCGUGGCGGUGUUGGAGUCCCCAGAGCAUGUGGCUGGUUAUGCGACGCAUCCGGCUCAUCUGGAGUGAGUUCUACUAUUCCUUCUUUCCGUAAUAAGGAAACAGGCUAAUAUGGGAGUGUAGGGUUCAUAAGAUGAGAGAAGAAUUGUGUG